AUUGCCGGUGGAGUCGUAUGCUGUUGCGGCUUGCUCCUGGUGUACUCUGCGGGCCUCGGGAAUCCUUGCAACACCGCCAGCAUGUCUCAGGCUGAGUUUGAGAAAGCUGCCGAGGAAGUUAAGCACCUCAAAACCAAGCCAUCAGACAAUGAGAUGCUGUUCCUCUACAGCCACUACAAACAAGCCACCGUGGGCGACGUGAAUACAGACCGGCCCGGGAUAUUGGACCUCAAAGGCAAGGCCAAGUGGGAUGCCUGGAAUGAACUGAAAGGGACUUCCAAGGAAGAUGCUAUGAAAGCUUACGUCAACAAAGUAGAAGAGCUAAAGAAAAAAUACGGAAUAUAGAGAAUGGAUUUGGUUGCCAGCCACACAUUUAACCUAAACUGAUAUAAUGCCUUGUUUUUUCUAAUACUGCGGAUGAUGUGAAAUAGUGAAAAUAACCAGUUAACUCAGCUCCUCAAGGCUGUUCAGGAUACGGCUCUAACAGAUCGGGGCUAAAAUGAUUACUGACCUUCCCUGAGUAGUUUUUAAUCACAGAUCAAUUAAAGUGCAUUUUGUUACUUUAAGUGUUUAGUAAUCUGUAUUCUUGAAAUGAUUACUCCGAUCUCUCAUCCUCUCAUCUUUUUUCUAAAGAUUUCUUCUGAAAGUGCUUCGGCUUCCCUUCCUCUAUACCCUGCUGGAGCAUAAGGCAGCCAGUCCCACCCUGUCCCCAGGUCCAGAAUGUGCUCACCCUUGUGGGGAGGAAAAGGGUUGUAGAAGUGGCCUUUUCUCCCCUCUUGUUGCUCCUAAUUCCAGCCACGCUGAGGAAGAUCAGGUGGGCCGGCUGACACUUGAAUCCUUUGUCAAGGACAUUGCUGGCCUCAGGCUCAGGGAAGCAGGGUUGAGGAGUGUCUGAAGUCUGUCUGAGGUCCAACCAGUGCAUGGUUCAAGCAAAGGAGCAAGAGUGGAAGCCCAGUCGGGAGUGGGGUGUGCCCCUGCCGUGAGGCAUUCCCCAAGUCCCAUUGGAAACUCAGCCACAGGCAGAAGAGGACAACAUUAAGUUGUGAGCAGAGGGAGUCCUCAGCAGGGAGAAGGCGGAGCAGGACCCGGGGAGGUUGCAGAGAAGAAAGGAGGACGUCGGUGGUUGAAAAGGAAGAAGGAAGAAAAAGAAACAGCUGUCAAGACCCUCCCUCCUAGAUGUUCCCCUUCAGUCGCCUCUGCAGUUCUGCAAAAGAGACCACCUGAAACUACAAGCCUGAUUUGAAGCACACACCCUGGACCUUGAGGCGCCAUGGAAAAUAUCAGUCAAGAUGCCAAGAAUAGUUGUGCUGACUUUGCCCCAAACCCAUCAACUCCCGGGACCCUAUACUCAUGACUCUGCUCUACAAAUGCUUGUGAUUUUAAGCUAUCGGGGAGUUUGAGGUCUUUAAGCUCUUUGAGAUGCCUUAUGUUCCUUUGACUCGCCUCUCAAAUAAAUGCUGAUCUUUAUCACUGCAAA